AUGAAUCAAACGAUAUUUUCAUACAGUUUGUUUUUAAUUAUUUCCACCAACCUGUCCUCAAUAGCCCAUGCAGCAAUUGACUUGAAAGAAUCUUACAUAGGAUGCUAUCGAAACAUCAGCUCAACGAAAACAGUUGCAUCAGUUGGCUCAGUGGAUGAAUGUUCACUGAAGUGCACAGAUGAAAUUAACAAUAUGAUCGCUUUGAAGAGUGGAAAAGAAUGCAACUGUAUUGGAAGGUUAGAUUCGGCAGUGGCUUCAUCCCAGUGUGAUGUUCUUUGCGCCAAUAGAGAUGCUUGUGGUGGAAGGGACUCAUAUUCCGUUUAUAAAAGCAAGCCACGAAAGACGCACGAUGACUACGCCAGUUUUGAAACACGUCAGACAGAUGUCAUUUUGAUAACGUUACCAAACACUUACACAUUUGAAAUGUGCGCACAUUUCUGUUUUGAGACAAAUUAUACGUUUUUCCAGAAGAUCGACCCGUCGAACAGAUGCGGUUGCUUUCAAGAACAUGGUACAGGAAGUAGCUACUUCACACAAUUAAUUUGUGAUACCUGCUCAAGUGACAGAUCCGAAGUUUGCAGAUGUUAUCAUCAGGGUCAUGAGGAAAAAAUAGCGAUAUUCGCAACACGCUUCCAAUACGACUUCCAACGAGGAGUAUCGACUUAUUCUCACUGCAGAAACAGAAACAACGGAAGUUACGAAAUAACUGCAAACUGUCCCGAUGGAUGCGAUCCGGGAUGGAGAGGUGAUUCAUGCAGAGAAAGAGAUUGCUCAUCAGAUGGAGGAGAUUGUCCCGUUGGAAUGGAAUGUAUUGAGUCCACGGUGAAUGGUAAUAAGUACGUUGAAUGUGUCUGUCCCCCUGGUAAGGUCAGAAACAAAUGGUACCAAUGUGAGGUUUUCAGGAAAAAUUUAGCUUUACAUAAACCUCCUUAUUACAGUUCAAUCUAUAAAGAACACGACGACCCCACGAUGGGUGCUCAUUACAAAAUACAUUUAACAGACGGCAACUAUGACGGCUACCACAUAUCUCACAUACUUGAUGCCAUGCCAGCCUGGAUGGCGGUCGACCUGCUCAAUUUAUAUUGCGUAGGAUUCAUCAGAGCAUACAACAGAAUAAAUCAAAGGACUGACUUCCUGAAAAGAAUGGACAAGUUUGUUGUAAGGUUGAACGAAACGUUCGAUGUGAGCAAUAGAGAAGACAUCAGAGACAAAGUCAACUUGUGCGGGUACGGACCAGAAGAAGCGAUACAGGGCGGAAAUCCCAUGAUUGUCUUUUGUGAGAACUUUACUAUCUUCACAAGAUUUGUUUUCAUUCAACCAUCUAAUGAGAGAAUGAAAGAUCAUCAUACAGCACUCGCAGAGUUGGAAGUAUUCGAAGCUGGAUGCGAUCUUUUCAACGGGAGGUGUGGUGUGGAGCCGUGCAGAGAGGAGAAGAAAGAAGAUUCAACAAUCAUCCACUGCAAUGAGGAAAAUGACAAAAAAGAAAAAAAUGGCAGCAAAGAGAAAAAUGACAGCAAAGAGAAAAAUGACAGCAAAGAGAAAAAUGACAGCAAAGAGAAAAAUGACAGCAAAGAGAAAAAUGACAGCAAAGAGAAAAAUGACAGCAAAGAGAAAAAUGACGGCAAGCAAUUGGUUGACCCUUCACGCACGACCUAUACCAUAUUAGGUUGGUCACUCCUGCCGCUGCUGCUAACACUUCUAACUUGCUGUAUAAUUUUUAUGAUAAAGCGAAGGAAAAAGGAAAAAAAUGAUUCAAGCCAAAGCCCAAAGGACUCCUCUGCUGACACAUCGGAACCAGAUUCCACACUUUAA